UUUCCUUUUAUUGUUUGAAUGUAAUUUUUCUUCAGUGUUUUUUUUAUCUGAUAACGAAAAUGACAAGUAAUCGUGAUUAUAAAAUUGGUGAUAUAAUCAACGUGGAUACGCCAUUCGUACAUGUUUUGAAUCUAGAUCAAAAGAAUCAAUAUUGUGAUUAUUGUUUUUCAAAAUGUUUCGAACUGAAAAAAUGUAAUGAAUGUAAACAAAUGUAUUAUUGUGGCAAAACAUGUCAACGAAAAGAUUGGAAAAAACAUAAAUUGGAAUGUCGAAUUUUUAGAGAAAAUUUCCCUAUCAUCCAAAAAGAUUUGGAUCGUUUUUUAUUGCGGCUAUAUUUGUAUAUCGAAAACAAUCCUGAUUCGUUAUGUGAACGAAGAAAAUUUCAUGAUGAUAAUCCAGAUUCCAGUCGAUGUUUCACGGAUCUAAUGACACAUCGUCCACAAAUCGAAAUGGACGCUAUUCGAACCAAUGUUUUUCAAUCAUUAUUUGCAAGAUUUGAAUCGUUGAAUCAAAUCCAACUCAACCGUGAUAAAUUGUUUGAAUGUUUCUGCCGGCUAUGUAUCAAUUCAUUUACGAUAACAAAUUGUGAAUUGAAUGAAAUUGGAUCAGGCCUUUAUUUGGCUGAAUCCCAAAUGGAUCAUUCCUGCAUACCGAAUGCUGCACCUGUAUUCAAUGGUCAUCGUGUUGUAAUACGUGCUAUAAAAACAAUCAAAUCUGGCCAGCCGAUCACUAUCAAUUAUGUGGACAUGAAACAAUCGACAAAUAUUCGUCAGAAAAAAUUAGUUAAACAAUAUUAUUUCACCUGUAAAUGUAAUCAAUGUGAAUCGAAUGAUUCGAUCGAUUAUGAGAGACUUGGCCAUCUGAUCACCAAGAUGGAUGAUGCUAUCGAUACGAAUAACUGGAUCGAAGCCUAUGAAAUGGGUAUUAAAACAAUGCCCAUGUUUGAAAAAAUUUAUGGUGAUUGCCACCCAGAUCUAACCGUACAAAUGAUACGUAUGUUAAAAUUACAUUUACAAUUAAUACCAGAUAAUAAUGGUCAGAUUGAUGCGGAAAUUUCGAAAGAAAUCCAACAAGUGAAACAAGCAAUCGAACGUACAAAUCUUUAUGAUGAUGAACUUUAUAAAAUAUUUGUGUCAAUAAUCAACGAUAUUCAAUAACCAUUUGUUGCAUUCUUAUCGUCGUUUCUUUAAUAAUGAAAAUCAAAAAGGUAACUCAAUUCCAACCUUGUCACCUGGAAUUUGAUGUUGUUUCUAUUUUCAAAUUGAAAUAAAACAUAUCAAAACACUAAA